CCUUAAAAGCGAGGGACUUUCCCGGGCUUUGGAACCGCUGCCGCCUUCCUUCUGCUGGCCUCAUGGCUUUCAACUUCGGGGCAGCGGCCGGUGCUGCGGCCACCCCGAAUCCUGCGGGAGCCUUCGGAGGGUUUGGGACGACGACCACGACUGCCGGGCCGACUUUUAGCUUCUCCACCCCUGCCAACACGAGCACCGCUGGGCUCUUCGGUGCUACUCAGAAUAAAGGUUUUGGAUUCGGCGCUGGCUUCGGGACAGCCGCAGGCACCGGGACCGGCCUUGGGACUGGUUUGGGAACUGGGCUGGGCUUUGGAGGCUUCAGCACCCAGCAACAGCAGCAGCCAACACUCAGCAGCCUCUUCAGCCAGCCUACUCAAGCCCCUACCCAGUCCAACCAGCUGAUCAACACAGCCAGCGCCCUGUCUGCGCCCACGCUCUUAGGAGAUGAACGGGAUGCAAUUUUGGCCAAGUGGAACCAGCUGCAAGCAUUUUGGGGCACGGGCAAAGGAUACUUCAGCAGCACCAGCGCCCCGGUGGAGUUUACGCAGGAAAAUCCGUUCUGCAGAUUUAAGGCUGUGGGCUUCAGCUGCAUGCCCAACAACAAGGACGAAGAUGGCUUGGUCGCCCUGGUCUUCAACAAAAAAGAAGCGGAGAUCCGAAGCCAGCAGCAGCAGCUUGUGGAAUCGCUGCACAAAGUCCUGGGCUCCAACCAGACUCUUACUGUCAACGUUGAAGGUGUAAAGACUAUGCCCGAUGACCAGACCGAAGUCGUCAUCUACGUAGUUGAGCGGUCACCCAAUGGGACCUCAAGGCGAGUGCCGGCCACCACUCUGUACGCUCACUUUGAGCAAGCCAACAUUAAGACUCAGCUUCAGCAGCUUGGCGUGACUGUCACUUUGGCCAGGACUGAACUCUCCCCGGCCCAGAUCAAGCAGCUGCUGCAGAAUCCUCCUGCAGGUGUUGAUCCAAUCAUUUGGGAACAGGCCAAAGUGGAUAAUCCAGAUCCUGAAAAGUUGAUUCCAGUGCCGAUGGUUGGCUUCAAAGAACUGUUGAGAAGGUUGAAGGUCCAAGACCAGAUGACAAAGCAGCAUCAGACCAGACUAGAUAUAAUAUCAGAGGACAUCAGUGAGCUGCAGAAAAACCAGACGACAACCAUGGCCAAAAUAGCCCAAUACAAGAGGAAGCUGAUGGACCUUUCACACAGAACGUUGCAGGUCCUAAUCAAGCAAGAGAUCCAAAGGAAAAGCGGCUACGCCAUCCAAGCCGAUGAGGAGCAGCUUCGCGUGCAGUUGGAUACAAUUCAGUGUGAACUCAACGCACCCACGCAGUUCAAGGGUCGGUUGAACGAGCUGAUGUCCCAGAUCAGAAUGCAGAACCACUUUGGAGCGGUGAGAUCUGAAGAGAGGUAUUACAUUGAUGCAGACCUCUUGCGGGAAAUCAAGCAACAUUUGAAGCAGCAGCAAGAAGGUCUGAGUCACCUGAUCAGCAUCAUCAAAGACGACCUGGAGGACAUAAAGCUGAUAGAACACGGAUUGAACGAGAGCAUCCCUAUCAGAGGAGGGGUCUUCAGUUGAUGGGUCAUUUCCUGUCUCCAACGGCCUAUGAAGCAUUUGGCCUUGUUGUCCAGGCUUAAAACUCAAAGCGUGUUUUGUCAAUAAACCAGGGGGACAGUUCUGAGGGAUAUCCUGUGCCGAUGCCAUUUCCUCCCAAGUAUUUUGGCUUCAACCGAGAUUUCAGUCUUAACGAAACUGGUUUCAAGGGGCGGGAGGAACUUAGAAGCUGCUUCUGUGACCUAAGCUUGCGUUUCGACAGCAUCAGAAAAACUUCCCGUGUCAAAAGUCUUCAUUAAGAAGCAUCCUAUCCCCCCCCCUCCCAACCUUGAACUCUGCACAGAUGAACCACUGCAUACCGUGGAUACAAAGCUCUUUUCCUCAGUGCGUACAAACUGUGUGUAAAACAGAGCUCUCGGGAGGUGUGCGUCUGACCCUGUGCUGAUUUGUGGGUUUGAAGCUCUGGUGUAAGGUGGAUUUUGCUGGGCAGGGUGGGGGAGGUUAUUGUUGGUCGGAACCUGAAGGCUAUAUUUUUAUAUUACUUAAUCACAGUUUGCAAAAGUUUUCCUUCCGGGAUGUAAUAAAAACAGAUGUCUGCUUUA